CCUGGUCGUCAGUCACCGGCGGGUCUCUCGGCGAAGCUCCGCACAGUGAGCUGGGCGCACACAGCAAUGCGGACGAAGAAGGGCAAAAAGAAGAGGAAUAGUCCGGCUUUCUGCGCUCACCCGGCGGGUCGGGGCUUUGCCUGGUCGUACGGCACAGUUUAACCGGGAUUUAUUUUCCCCCCAAAAUCGCACAGAGGAGGACUUUAACUGGCCUGAAAGCAGCUGCCGGGACGGAUAUUUUCCCGACAAAACCCCGUCUCCACAUCCGUAAUCCAAGCCCCGGUCGUGUGGAGCACAGCGCUGAGAGAAUGAUUGCUUGAAUAUUUUUAUACUGUCUUGUAGCCUGUUUUGUUCCCCCCCCCUUCUUUUUGCCAGCUCCGCUUCCCAAUUUUUCGCCAUGGUGGACUCUCCUACCAUGAGGAAGACUUCUGCGGUCCCGGAGAUAAAGCCCUUGGACUCGUACGAUUGUACUAGAGCGAAAAUCUGCGCAAGUGUCGGCUGGCUGCUGGCGAAGUCGUACGGCUCUGCAGAGAAUGUCCCCGCAGAGCUGCGUGAACCCUUCUACUGUGACCAGUAUGAGCAGGAGCACCUUAAACCGCCAGUCACCCGCCUUCUGCAGUCCUCCGAACUCUACUGCCGCACCUACAGCCUAUUACUGGGGGGCACCGGAGCUGAGGCGCAGCCCAAAGACAACAUUGCCCUGCUGGAGCUCCUCACUCAGAAAGGCAUAGUCUCCAAAGACAAGGACACACUAGUGACUGAUGCAGACCUCCGUCAUAAACCCAUCAAAAUGGGUGCUCACCUAUCAGUCAUCGAUGCCCUGAUGGCAGUGGGAGCCAUGGAGACGGUGACUGCGGUGAAGACAUGUGGUUCUGCCGAGCUGCUGGGUGGAGCUCCCAGCUGGGAAGAUGCUCUACUUCAUUGGGUUAACGGGUUAAACCAGAAGCUGAGAGUACUUACUGAAGGAUCCCAGAAUGAAUCGUCUGAGGCUACAGAGCCCCAACCUCUUCAACCCUCUUGUCCUACUCGCUGGUACUGGAAGCUUGUUCCUCCCCGCUACAGGAAGGAUAAAAUUCUCUCCAAACAAAUGGCAAUCUUUCCAGUGGUGAAUGAAGUCAGCGACUUGUCGAGUGGUUGUGCUGUUGCUGCUGUUAUACAUUACUAUUGUCCUGGCUUGCUUAGACUUGAAGAUGUUUGUAUGAAGGAUUGCCUGUCUGUAGCAGACAGCCUAUACAACUUGCAGUUCAUCCGUGAAUUCUGUGACAACUGUCUGAAGGGCUGCUGUCACUUGGCACUGGAGGACAUGCUAUAUACACCACAGGAGCUUCAGAGCAACUUGCUGAGUUUCCUAGCAGAACUACUCAGCUGGUUUGAAGUACAAAGGCCAGAAUUUGUUCAGCCAAUAAACACGUUGGAUGGAUCCACACCCGUAACGCCAAUUAGCUUGAGUGGCAACAGUACUUCCCCUUCUAUCUUCAAGAGGCCUUUCCUCCCCAUCUCUUCCCCAGCAUCAGGAUCUUUGACUCAGUCUACCUCAAUGUCUCAUAUAGAAGGAGUUGGAAAGACAUGGAGCAAGAAACCCCUCAGCCGCCCCUUGUCAGCAGUGUCCUUCAGCAUUCCUUUUGGCCUGGACAGUGAUGUGGACAUAGUGAUGGGCAACCCUGUGAUAACCCGCUCUGUAAGCUCAGACCAACUCAACCAAGCAGCCCAAAACAUAACUCGGGUACCCCACACCCCUCCUGAAGACCUCAGCCAUUUGCUUAACAAACCAUCUGGCACCAAUGGCCCACAGAGAGCCUCCUGGACCACCCAGACUCCAAGUAUACUGGGGUUGGCAGAGCAGAAUGACAUUGUAGGGAGUGAAACUGGAGAGCUGCCUACAAUUGAAGAGGCUCUCCAAAUUAUCCACAAUGAGAGCAAGAUGGAGCCUCGUUUACACCCGGAUGGUGCUCCCGAUGGGUUCUACCUCCACUCUCCUGAUGACCCUGCUAGUUCGAGACAUAGCAGCAACUUACCAGCCAUGAGCUGCUCGGCCCCUACACGCUCAGGAAUGAUGUAUCGGCCGACAGGAGAGUCUAGGGAGACCCCCCGCACAAGGAACACUUCUGAGUGUUCACGAGAUGAUGACUCAGUCUUGAGAGAUGGUAGUGUGGACUCCGAUGCAUCAGAAGACAUGCCUAAGGCCCAGUCUACUCCAACCACACCGGCUGCUGGAGCUCACUCUGCAAGGUGCCAUAGCAAAGAGGAGUCUGACAGCGGUGUGAAGUUGACCAGCUUUGCAGAGCGCAAAAAGAAGCAGCUCAUGGAUUCUCCCAAAGCCAGGGAGUCCUCUUCUUCUCAGAUGACCACAUGGGCACAAAAGUCUGAAGAAAGCCCCAACAAGAGCCCUCAACUCACUAAUGAGAUGUCUGAGCUGGGAACUCGGCUUGAAGAGAAGCGCAAAGCUAUCGAAGCCCAGAAGAAACGCAUUGAGGCCAUUUUUGCAAAGCACCGGCAAAGACUGGGGAAGAGUGCCUUUCUGCAGUUAAAGAAGGAGCAAGGAGAGGAUAAGGGUGAAGGGAAAGGAGGGGAUGGCAAGGUCAGCACCUCAUCCACAGAAGAAGAACUCUCUCACUUGACACUGGAAGAAAGGCUAGCUCGCAUGGAGGAUGAAGACCAGCAGGAACAAGAUGAACAGCGCCCCUUAGUGAAGAAUGAAGGUAAUGUCGAAGGGGGGCUUCAGUUGAACAAAGAGUUCAGUCACUCCAAAGAAAAUGUGGGUACACCAGGAGAGAAGGGCUCUGGGACCCCGGGUGAAAAAAUGGUAGCUCCACUAGGGGACUAUAACAAUGCCGUAUCAAAGUUGACUGCAGCUCUUAGCUCCUUGCAAAGUGACAUGCAGCGGCUGACUGAGCAGCAGAAUCAUCUUAUCAAGAAAAAACCUACAGCUUCCAACAAAUCCUGGGUUAUUCCAGCCAGUCCUAAAACCUCCACCCCUGCCCCUACACGCAUGUCUCGAGAAUCCAACCGGGAUUUAAAUUCAGCCUCCUCCUCUCCUUCUCCAUCGCGCAAAAUUGCAAACUACACCACUCCUCCUAAAUCUCCUCAUGUCCAUCGUAGAGCCCAAUCUGUGCCCCCUAAAAGCCCUAGACACCACCAAAACAGUCGUCCCUUGGACAUUAAGGCCCCAUCCCUGUCUAGGGUACUCAACACACCUCGGAACGUGGACCGCAUCCCCCACCUUCGUCGAGUAAAUCCCUUGCAGUCUCAAGUCCAAACUUCGUCCUCAUUCUCUAUCGGUGACUCUGGCAGCCUAGAUGACCUGCGUUCAUCUGGACCAACUCCUAUUCCCUCACCGGCACUGACUCCUAUACCAACUCCUACCCCUACUCGCCGUCCUGCCGCAGAUGACACCCUGUCAGAGGUCGGCUCCAAUGACGACCAUAGCAUAUUUAGCUUGGACCUGGAUGCAGGGUCUUCACAUGGUCAUGCAGCUAAGAAGGAGGGGUUUGCAGAUGGGGGCUGCAGCUCUGGUGCCCCAUCAGAGUGCUCCUUCGAGAGUGAUGCCCCUGCAGGGAUGUUGAAUGGCAAACGCAGUAGCCUGAUUGAAAUCUCGCUAUCUGCUCUGCAAGACGGGGAGGAAGAUGACCACAUACCUGAUGCUUUCUGUGACUCGAUGAGUGACAGGACAGAACCAGAGACUAAAGGAGGGGUUGGUUUCUUUUUCAAGGAUGACAUGGAGCGAGCAGAGGAUGAGAUGGCCCAGCGAAGAGCAGCUUUGCUGGAGAAACAGCAGAAGAGAGCGGAUGAGAUGAAAAGGCGCAAACUUGAGCAGGAAAAGGAAAAAGAAGCAAACAAGCCACAGUGGAUGAUCAUAGAGGGCUGGGCGAACAAGAGUGAGGACAGACCCCAGACCCCAGGAACCCCUCCAGCAUCACGAACACCACCACCAGACGGGACUCCCCAGCGGAGAGGAGACUUCACUCGGCAGGAGUAUGAACGGAGACAUCAGCUGAAGAUCAUGGAAGACUUGGGCAAGGUGCUGAGGCAGAAACCCACCACGGUCCGCGGUGUCAAGAAGCAGAGACCUAAGACAGUGUUCAGAGAUGACUCUGUACUUUCGCAUAGCCCUGUCAGGGGUUUCAUGGGCACCAAGCUGAACAAAGUGUACUCCCACUCAACCAUGAACCUGUCCUCCAUGGCUAAUGACUCUGGAGGCCUGUCUAUUAGGAAGUCUCCCAGCCGUUCACACUCUCCCUCCCGGCUACUGUCACCAGGACGAACGAUUGCUCUGAACGGAGAGAAAGACUGGGAGAACGGCUCCACUAUUUCCUCCCCUGCCUCAAUCCCAGAAUACACAGGACCUAAGCUGUACAAGGAGCCUAGCUUUAAGUCCAACAAGUUCAUCAUCCAUAAUGCUAUCACUCGCUGCUGCCUGGCCGGCAAGGUCAAUGAACCACAGAAAAACAAGAUUGUAGAGGAUAUGGAGAAGUGCGCUGCCAAUCAUUUCCUCAUCCUCUUCAGAGAUACCAGCUGUCAAUUCAGAGCAGUUUACACCAUGAACCCUGAAACAGAGGAGAUGGUACGGCUCACUGGCAUUGGCCCACGCAUAAUCUCACCUGAGAUGGUAGAGUCCAUUUACAAGUACAGCUCUGACCGCAAGCAGUUCACGGCCAUCCCGUCCAAAACCAUGUCCAUGAGUGUUGACGCCUUCACCAUCCCUGGUCACUUUUGGCAAAAGCGCCCAGGAACUCCCAAAAAGCUUGGCACCCCUAAAUAAGGACACACAAAAGAUGGGUAGGGAUGAUAUCAUUCAGGGAACCGACUCCCAACUUGACUCCCAUUGUCCUGCAUUUUGGCCAGUGAGGCACUUAUUACAGUUAGUCCAACAGUGGACAGCAUGACUGAGAUAUCAACCUGGACCCCAGGAACUAUCCAUCUAACUCUCCAUGCCAAUACAAAGGGCCAAUCAUGCACUCAUUCAGCCAUUGUAAUUUAAAUUAGUUUCAAGAGCUUCUGAUUGGCCCUAGAUUGUAAAAUGUAAUGCGUUUGAUUCUGCUCGGGAUGAAGAAUUCACGUUUCCUUGCACCCUGCCUCCCUAUGCCUUGCCCUGCCCAGAGUCCUUUUUUGUGACUCUUAGGUAAGAAAAAGAGGAGACGACCAUACUGCCUUUGCCCACAGAACAGUAUUUUGGGCCAGAGUAGUUCUUCCCCCUUUCAAUUCUGCUUGCUUUUCCUUUUGCUGCCUUUACUUGACUCUCCAGUCUCUCUCAAUUCUGAUCUCAGCUGAAAAAUGAACAGCAGGCAACGCUGCUCUCAUAUGAAUGUAGGGCACACACUAACCACUUGUUCCAUUCAGGGGUACUUUUGCUGAUUGGUCAGGACGAGAAAAUACCAUUGUGGGUGGUUCCUCUGUGGGUUGCACUGGUGGUGGCUACUGUGGUUGUCAGUGGAACUGCCUGUGCCCCCACAGUUUGUGCACUCCACUUUGACUCUCCUUCAGCUGUAGACAUCUGGAUGUUUUUUUUAUACUAUUUUGACAUGUUUUUGCUGGACAAAUUGCUUCAGCCUUUGAGAGCUGAAAGAAGAAUGAAAUUCACGUGACCUUUUCCUCUUAAAUUGCUUUCUCACUUUCAACAUUUGAACAUUAUGAAUUAAAAUGUUAUCUGAGUUUAUCUUGAAAAAGAAUUAAUACUGGAAACAUGAAGGAGGGCUUUAUCAUGUUUACCAUUCCUUGGAUACAGCUCUGUGUGAAAAUGAUAAUCAGUUCUUAUUUAAUAUAUACUAAAUGCCGAUUACGUUGAUUUUUUUUGACAAUGAUUUGUAAAAAGUAAGUUGACCUUUGUAAGAUAUGUAUAAGCUAGCCUGCUGCUUGAGCAAUAGUGAGAUGUAUGUUUGAGACGAGAAUGAGUGAAUGAGAAUGAAUAGCAAUUGUCAAACAUAAUUGUCAAACAUGAAAAUUCCUGAAACCUUUUGUCUAGGGAUUAAUAAAUCCUUUAGGUCACUAUGAGUCUGUUUCCUAUUAUAUGAUUCGCUGUCACGCAUAUAAUCUGUAGGUUUCUUUAUGAAGGACUAUUCUGGACUGUAACAGCCCUCAUCAUCCCCACGAUCUUUAGAGACUCCUUCAUGUAUGACUGGGGGAAUGUAAAUGCCAAACAGUUUUUCUGUCAGUCCAUGCUCUGCAUUUGCUUGUGAUCGGGUCAAAAUCAACACAAGAUCUGUGGGAAAUUUGCCUUCUUCUCUUCCUUUUCAGUCUUCAGCAGCUGCGACAGCAUCUGCCGUGGUGCAGCUGUUCUGACUGUCCCUUAACAGUUCUGUGUUUGAGUGAGAAGUGAACAAUGUGUCGAGCAGCACUUAAAGAAUUAAAGUAGAUGAUUGAUUUAAAGUGUGUGUGGAGGAGUGCAUAUGAAAUAAAUGGAUGCUUGUAUUUAUGUGUUUGUAAAGAGUAGUACAUCGUAGUUAACACUAUAUUUUGAUUCUGUGCAAUUUUCCCCUACAAGUCCCCACAUCACCCAGAGGUGUAUUUAUUUGGUUUGCAUUAGUUGUUGCAUUUGAUGUUUAGUUUCAUGUCUUUUUUGGUUAAGUUGUUGAGUCACUCAUUCAAUGCAUUGGGGUUGUCAUAACGUUUUUCUCUCUCUCUCUUUUGUUAUCAAAUUUGUGCCAGCACAUUGUGUGUUCAUUUCAUAAACUUGACUAUCCUUGCAACUGGACCAGAAAAGAAUUAAACUCCUUUUUGAAUCAUCGUCA